AUGAAAGCAAGCAAUCUACUCCGCUCGCCGCGAGCGCACACCCUCAAACUCGUCCACGGCACAGCUCCAUCGUCAACACGACGGGCUCUUCUGCCACUGUCGACUUUCGAGACCAAGGCCUCUAUACCCCUACCCCGACCGCUCUUUCGCGCCCGAUCCCCUCAAGCCUCCGCAGCACCGUUCUCGACUUCGAGAUCGGCCUCGAAGGGCCUCCAACCCGACAGCGCCAACCCGGAGCCACCCAAGACCGAGACCACCAGCGGCAGCUUGAGCGCGGCGCACAUCUCGGACGGUGAAUACCACGAACUAGCGGACCAGUAUCUUGACAGCCUGGUGCUUUCGGUGGAGGAAUACAGCGAGGCAAACAGCGAUGGUGUGGAAGUCGAGUUCUCGGCCGGUGUUCUCACUAUCACUCAUCCACAAUUUGGCACAUACGUGAUCAACAAGCAACCGCCUAACAAGCAGAUCUGGCUGUCGAGCCCCAUCUCCGGUCCGAAGCGGUUCGAUUGGGUUGGGUCUGGCUCGGGACAACAUGAGAAAGAGGAAUCAACCGUCGACGUCGGCGACGACGGUGCCGGUGGGCGGUGGGUGUACUUGCGCGACGGGAGCGGUCUCACUGACCUGUUGAAGAAAGAGCUCGGCGUGGAGAUUACGAAAGAGCACGAAAGCGAUGCUGUGGGCGGACGAGAGGGGCCUGCCUGA